AACACAAGGCAAACUCAUUUCUAUGUUCAAAAAGGAUGACAAAGAAGGAUACCAAUUCCUACUCCAUUUUGAAUUUCAAAUUCUUCAAGAACCCUUCUCAUAAUGUAUUUGUGCCGUUUCAAAGCCAUCGUCAACGGUAAUACCUUCAUUGAAAAAUACAACACUCUCUUUGAUUUCAAGAAGCCACGAAGAACAUUAUCACAGUCUCUUUGAUUUCAAGAACCCAGCCAUGUAUGAGGACAAAGAGAUCCACAUUCAGGUGAAGAAAACUCCGGCAUUCACUGUACUGAAGAACGGUUCCAUCCUCAAGAACAUCUUUCUUUUACGCAAACCACCUCCCUUCUCCACCGAACAACCUGCAGCCGGAACAUCAUCGAUAAAUCACGACUCCGAUGAAGAAAUUUUGCUUGUUGGACGACACCCAGAUUGCAACAUUACUCUGGAGCACCCUAGUAUCAGCAGAUAUCAUCUCCGUAUCCACUCAAAUCCGUCUUCACAUACGCUCUCAAUAGUUGACCUAUCAUCAGUUCACGGAACAUGGGUGUCGGGGAAGAGAAUUGAACCAGGGGUUUCUGUGAAACUGAAAGAGGGAGACACGGUGAAGAUGGGUGGUUCAAGUAGGGUUUACGAGCUGCAUUGGGUCCCACUGAGCCAAGCUUUUGAUGUUAAUGAUCCAUUCGUGCCUCCCACCUUCAGAAAACAAGAAGAAACACAGGAUGAACGUCGCUCGUAUGAUCUCGAGACACAUUCCUCUAAUGAGGAUUUGGAGAGUUCGGAAUUUUCAUUUUCCAACACGAAUCUUCAUUCCUCCUUGGAGAAAUUGAACCCAUCGACAUAUUCAGCACCAAACUACUUAAGUUCUUCAUGUGAUGAGACUGAGGUAGAAGAACACAUGACUCCAUCUAAAAAAGGAAACCAAAAUGGUGAAAUCUUUAGCUCAAAAGCUGGAAUACAAAAUAAAUCCCAUGAAGAACAGUUUUCUGUGCUUAACAACUCAAAAGCUGAUGAGUUUGAUACAGACAAUGGAAGUGAUGAAACAUUUGCCAUUCUUUCAGUUCAAUCCCCAAUUGUGGUCUCUGAAUCUUUAUCUGAAACAGAGAUCUUUGAUAGCAUAAACAAACCAGAAGAUCUUUCUGUGGCUCUUUUUGAUGCUAUUGAAACCCAUGAAGAAGAAGAAGAAGAAGAAGAAGAAGAAGAAAUAGCAAGAGGCAAUGAGAUUAAUAUAUGCACUGAUGAAUCAGAUUCUAUGGUUCUUUGCACAUCAUUGAUUUCAAGACAAGAUGUAGAUAUGGGUGUGAGAUUUGAAUCAGUAAAUCAUGAAAUUCUGAAGAAAGAAUCGAAUUUUUUGGCCCUUUUGGAUGAAACAGACAUGGAUCAAGAAACAAGUUUUACUCCAGAAAUAUCAAGAGCCAAAGAAGAUUCAAGGACUCUUUUUGAUAGUUUAAAUGGAAAAGAAUUGGAGUUUUUUACACCAGAUAAAGAGAACAAAGAUCCCAAUGUUUGUUUAAUGAAAUCUUUGAGAAAAUGGAAGGAAGAUGAAUGUAAAGGAUCAAACAUCUGUGCAAUGUUGAAGGAAGCUGUCAGUGAGGGUAAAAAAGACAUUUUUGAUGUGUCAGAGUAUGAUGAUGAAAAGGGCAUUGAUUCAUCUAAUGGAGGGGAAAAGAAAAGAUGGAAUAUGAUACUUGACACUAAUACCCUUCUUCACAAAGAGUCUUUAAAGCAUUUGAAACUCCUACAAGGCCUCAAAGGGACUCAACUUUUCAUACCCAAAAUCGUGUUAAAGGAACUAAAGGAAAUAAAGAGGCAACAUGAUCAUGAUUUCUUCAACAUAACUACAAAAAAGAAAUUAAAGUUCUUGAAACUGCUAUUCACUUAUGCAAAGAAAGUAAAGAUAGAAAGGUUAUCAUUCUUAGCAAUGAUGUUUCACUCAAGAUCACAUCCAUGGCAGAAGGAAUUAUGUGUGAAGAAGCAGAAGAGUUUUAUAGGAGUUUGGUGAAUCCAUUUUCAGAGAGGUUUAUGUGGGUUGGGAGUUUGGCAAGAGGAGUAACAUGGUCAUGUGUAGAUGAUGAUGUUUUGAGAGAAAAAUAUUUGGGAUUUGGUGUGAAUGUGUCAAAUAGGUUUAAGGGUUUGAAGUUUUUGGCACAUUUAACAACUUUAUAAAAUACUUUACUUGUGAUUUUCCUGUCAUAUGAUGAUUCAUGUAUCAUUAGUUUAUGAUUCAAUCUAUCUCUAGUGGUUUGAAUUUGAUGGGCUAAAUGCAAGAUAUAGUAUUAUUGUAUUUUCGAUUAUUUGUAGUAUAUAUAUAGCAAGCAUCCUACUUCAUUUCUUGUAGCAAUUUUCAUGUUGUACCCAUUAUUGUUACUUUUUAUUAUUUUUAUUAAAU